AUGGUCUUCCAGAGCUACGGCUUCGAAUCCGCCACAUACAAUCCAAUCAACAUGGGUCACGCUUCCAUCUCUGCUGCGCCCAUGACGCUCGGUGGCGCUGGCUGUGCCAGCAAGAAGCGCAAGGCGUUGGACGACAUGGACUCGUUCGAUGCUACUGCCGACUAUCAGAUCCGACCAAAGCUCAGCCUGCCUCGGUCUGCAGGUCUGGUGUUCAACGGCGAUGCGCAGUUCCACCCCUUACCCGCACACGUCAACCAGGAGAUGCUGGCACAGCUCGGCCACAACCCUUUUGCAACCGGCGCCUCGAUCGGCAACUUUGUGACGCCCAGCUCGUCCAGCUCGAGUUUCUCUGGACACGAGCACAAGUCGUCGACUAGUUCCGACUACUUCAGCAGCACCAGUCAGUGUCGGUACCCCGAAGUGGAACCGUACCCGUCGACAUCGCCCUCGUCGACGUAUGGCAUCCUGGGCCCUGCUCCGGGAUGUACCGAUUCGGACGGGAUGGACGUGGACUGCGGGAGUAGUGCCAACGCCCAACGUGUGCAUGGACCUCAGUGCAAAAGCAUCCCGCAGCUGUGUGUCCGCUACAACGACGGAGCAGGCUCGGAGCUCUGGGCCACCUGCCCAGACUGCGGCGCCUGCUCCAAAGUCGAUUCCUCCCGUCCCUCUGCCAACUUGUGCUAUUCUCCGUGA